AUGCGUGUGGCGAUGGCUGCUUACUGCUUGGGCCAGCGAAACACGGGCCGCGCCCAUCCGCCAAAGGCUCAUCCUCCAGCGCCGAAGGCUCAUCCACCGCCGAAGGCUCAUCCACCGCCGAAGCCUCAUCCACCGCCGAAGGCUCAUCCCCAACCGCCAACAGCUCAGCUUUCCCAGCCGCAAGGCCGGCAGUCGGCGUGCGCUGCUGGCGACGCUGGUGUCGAGCUGGAGGGUCUCGUCGUGCGCGACGGGUACAAGCUGCUGACGGAAAACGCGACCGCCUGUUGCAACGCGUGCUCGGCACACACCGCCGCGCCGUCCGGUCAGUCUUGCAACACCUGGGUGUGGUGCGGCGACAAGGCGGCGUGCGGCUGGCAGCACCGGCAGUGCUGGCUCAAGCACAGCACGGCGCGCAAACCGCGCCCAACAGGCAACCAGACCGGCUGGACCUCGGGCUGGAUCGCUCAAGCUGCCGGUGCCGCGCCGCCGGCUGCGCUGCAACAACAAGCUCGAGCGGCGCAGGCAGGCACGCCGCCGCCCGCCGCGGUUGCAGACGCCGCGAAGCUGAAGUGUGGGCCACGAGACUUUGCAAGCCGCGUCGAGCUGGAGGGUCUCGUCGUGCGCGACGGGUACAAGCUGCUGACGGAAAACGCGACCGCCUGUUGCAACGCGUGCUCGGCGCACACCGCCGCGCCGUCCGGUCAGUCUUGCAACACCUGGGUGUGGUGCGGCGACAAGGCGGCGUGCGGCUGGCAGCACCGGCAGUGCUGGCUCAAGCACAGCACGGCGCGCAAACCGCGCCCAACAGGCAACCAAACGGGCUGGACCUCGGGGGGCGCGUGGUGA